CAGCGGCGAAGGAUCGGGCGGUGCAUGGCGGAGGCCGAGGAACGACAGACUCCCUGUUGCUGCUUUUUAGCCCUUUAAAGGAGGUCAGGCCGUGAACGUGGGUCACACUGGGCUUCCUCCUCGUGGAGGAGUUCAGGCUGGAACAUGACACUGCAGCUGCCGCUGAGAUUCCUGUUGCCAUUGGGAUAUAUGAGACCCCACAAUUCACAUUUCCAUCGUCUUCCCGAUCCGAGCAAGAUGACGAAUGGAACUUGACAAGAGUUGUAAACUUGGCACAAGUAUACUUACGCUCUCGUUGUCGUUUACUCUAUAUACAAUUUGAUUACGAAAUCGACGACGAACUCAGCCGGGUUUUGGUCGAAAGUGGUCCGGUUCAUGAGGAAGGUGACUUCGGCUCGGUUCGGAUGUGAGCUAUACUUCAAUAACCCAACCCGGAGUUCGGCUUUGUCUCGAUCUCAUACCGUGUCGACUCCCCGUCUCCGCUUCGCCCAAACGCCGUUGAGGCGUCGACAGGUUUCCGUCUCUUCCGCGAACGAAGCAAGCGACCGUCAAGAGAGGCUUCGUUUUUUUGCUGUUCAGAUAAGGUGAAGGCUCACUGAAGGGAAACAGAUAUGAGAAACUUGGGUUUCCAAUGGGGAAGGAACCUUGUUCGAAGGUACUACCAGAGAUAUGAUUUUCUCAUCUCCUCUUCUUCAAUCCCGGUUCUCCGCUUGCAUCCUUUGCAACCUUCUAUAUCCAGAGGGUUAUUUCUAUCAGCUCAACAAGCAUACUCCACUGAAUCACAUUCUGAGCUUCCAGUUGACCUCCUGAGGAUUAUGGAACAGAGAAUGAUAGCAAUUGAACAGAGAAGUUCCUACCUUCAAGAGCAAAUUAACCAGGCAACGGUCUCGGCAGUUGAUUAUUCAAGAGCUAAUAAAGAGCUUCGAAAACUUGGAAGCUCGAUGGAAUUAAUAAAGGAGCUAAGAACCAAAGAGAAGGAGAUUGAUGGUCUUAAAUCAGUGAUGUCUGACUGUGUUGAAGACAAAGACAUGUGGAACAUGGCUGAUGAGGAAUUAGCUCAAGCUUUAGUGGAGGAGAGAAGAUUGCAACAUUUACUUCUUAAAUCAUUGCUUCCAAAGGAUGAUGCUGAUGAGAGAGAUUGCAUAUUGGAGGUGAGAGCAGGGACUGGUGGUGAAGAAGCCUCAUUGUUUGCAAUGGACAUAUUCAAAAUGUAUGAAAAAUACUCGCAAAAGAGGGGCUGGAAAUUUGAUGUUAUAGACAUUAUGGAGUCUGAUUUAAAAGGAUAUAAGGAAGCUAGUGGAACAAUAUCUGGACCUCGUGCAUAUGGUAGACUGAAAUUUGAGAGUGGGGUUCACAGAGUUCAGAGAGUUCCAGUGACAGAGAAAUCUGGUCGUGUGCAUACGAGUGCAGUAUCCAUUGCUAUACUUCCUCAGGCUGAUGAGGUCGAUGUCCAGCUUCGAAAUGAAGACUUGAAGAUUGAUACUUAUAGAUCUGGUGGUUCUGGAGGUCAAUCUGUAAACACCACAAACAGUGCCGUCAGGAUUAUGCAUAUUCCAACGGGAAUUACUGUUGCAAUACAAGAUGAAAGAUCACAACACAUGAACAAAGCUAAAGCGCUCAAAGUAUUGCGUGCAAGGCUGUAUGAAAUGGAGAGGUCUAGACUUCAAAGGAGCAGAUCAAAACUUCGGGCAGAGCAGAUUGGAAGUGGUGACAGGUCUGAGCGGAUCCGGACAUAUAAUUUUCCUCAGGGUCGAGUCACCGAUCACCGUGUUGGGAUCACCCAUCACUCGAUAGAAGAUGUCAUGGAGGGAGAGAGCCUAGACAUGUUCGUCGAUGCUCUUCUUUUGCAAGAGGAGAUGGAUGCCAUUGCCUCGUUUGGCACUCAGUGAUUCAGAUAUGGUUUUUUUAGCUGCUUCCAGAAAUCCAAAGAAUGCUUGUAGGUUUCGGCUACAGUCGAUUCUGUAAAUUUAGGUGGCUGAAGUAAGAAAAAGUAGUGUGUUGCAAUCAACAUUAGACCUUAUCUUUUAUUUGUGAAUCUACAAACAAACUUUUAUUUAUGAA